AUUGGUUAUUAUUUUUCAGUAAGUGUAGGGAUAGAGGGGUUUUUUAGUCACGUUUAGGGUCAGUUGUAGAGUUUUGAGUUUAGUAAGUUGGUUCAUGUUUUUUACUAUUUUUAUGAUUGGUUAUGUGGGGUUCUCUAUGGUUGUUUUUCAUUUUUGUUUCAUUUUUAGGAGAGGAGUUGUUAGCGAAAAGAGUGCAGUGGGAUUUGUUUUUAUUUUAAAAAUAAUUUUUUAAAUUUAUUUUUACAUUUUAGGUCCCCAGUGCUGCCGCCCUGUGGACACAGCGCGGUGCUGCAGCUCUGCCCCCUGCCCGGCCCCGAGGAGCCCCGGGCUGGGAGCGGGGUCUUAGUGCCCGAGUGCGGUCACUGCCCGGGAGCUCCUGUUCAAUUCCGCGCUCCCGGCUGUGUCCGCGCGAUGGCCGGGCCGCCCGCGGGACUCGGCAGCAGGAAAACACCGAGCGCUGCGUGUUUAACGGGAGCCGGCCCGCUUGCCCUUGCGGCGCCUCGGCCCGGCCAGCGCCACCCUCAGGGAGCCGAGCGGAGCUCCGGGAGCGCGGGGAGCGGCACCGAGUGCGGUUCGACUGCGCCGAGCUGGCCCGAAGAGUGGAAUCUAAGCGACUGCAUCCAGUAAUAGCCGAGCUGUGCCGAUUAGAUCCGAGUGUAGCCGAAGAGCCGAAAACACCCGAGGAUUUCCGAACAGCCGAUAAUAGCAGAGUAUUGCCGAUAACAGCCGAGUUUAGCCGAACGGCCGAAAAUGGCCGAGUGCAGCCGAUAACAGCCGAACCCAGCUGCGUUUAGCCGACUGUAAUGGGAUCGAACCGAACCAGCUCUGCCGAACCACGCCGAGGUCGCCUGGUUAUGACCCUAUGACUGUGGCUGAACCAAGGCUCUGCUGCAGGUGUAUUUGAGACAUCUUUCCUCUUUGACAGAAGGAAGAGGAAAAAAAUAAAAAGAAGAAGAAAAAACAGGAGCAGUUCCGGGGCGGUCCCGGGGCGGUGUCCGCCGUCACUGCCGCCUUCUCGGCGGGCGAUUCCAAGGCGCUGUCGGGCUCGCUGCCGGCCCGUCGGCGGGCGGGCAGCCGGGACGCGAUGGCGCUGUGCCCGGAGCUGGAGCGCUCGCUGUCGCUGCUGCAGCCGGGUGCCGGCCGGGCCCAGCAGCAGCAGGAGCGGCGGGCGGACGCGGCCCCCACGCCCAUGGUGUUCAUGUGCGCCGGCUGCGGGCGCCCCGUGGGCAACACCUGCACCUGGGGUUCAGUGCCGAGGACAGCGGUCCCAUCCUGCUGCGCAGUGAGUACCAGCGCUGCCACCCCCCGCGCUGCCGCGGUCACUGCCGCCGUGCCUCCUUCCCUGCCUCCCGCCGCAGCUGCGGCCGCCAGCGUCGCCACGGACCCGGGGCGGAAGGGCUCCGAGCUCCCCGGAGAGUGCGGAUGCGUGGUAGAAACCCUACUCUGCUCUGGCUGCUCCAGGACCCUUGGCAGCAGAUACAGGCACACCUCAAGGCAUCUCGACUGCAAGAGGGAUUUGUUCUGUGUCCGUACUGACUCUGUUGAAAGCUAUAGGCCAGGAACCCUGGAAAAGCAAGCUCGCAUUCACGAGGAGCUGCUUCCUCUUGAAAGUCCAGCUGUCUUGCAAGAGGUGCUGCACAGGGUAGGAAGAGUUGGGAGCGAACAGUCUGAGGAAGUGGACUGUGGAAGCUGAAGGUUGUCCAGGCAAAGCUGAGUGUGUGGCUCUGACACUGACCAAGGCUGGAAAGAGUUAAUGUGUGGACAGAGAAUGUUAGAGCCGGGUGAGCUUUCACAGGAUGAAAGGAGCGAGGAGAGAAUCGAAUGGAAAGAACUGCUGAGAUCAGGCAGCUGGCAAAAGAGGAGAGAGCCCCUGCGAGACAGAGCCCCUGGAAUGCCCUGUCCCGGUCUGAGGUUCCCACUUUUCUCUCCGACUCCCGGGGAAUUGCUGGAGCAGAACCAGAGAGUGUCCAUUUCAUUUCCUGCCUUUUCCAAUAAAUGGUGACUUUCAGCUGGAGUGUGUUCCUGGUGUCAUCCUCCUCCUCCUCCUCCCUGGAUUUGUAAAUAAAUGUCCUGAUUUUAGCCAAGUAGAAUUUUGUUGUUCCAGGCAUUGUGGCUCUUUUGUUUCAUUGAAACUUCCCAACACUGCUGAGACUUUGAGAUGUCAAAUACAAGUAAGACUGGAGUUUCUUGGGAUUGUUACUCACACAAAAUAGGGAUCCUUCUUGGACAGGAGUAACUUGACGUGUUUAAUGCCGCUUCCCUUUAAAAUCAGAGCAGGGGAAGCAGAUUUGAAAUCAUCAUUCCAUGAACUUGCACCAAAUUCCUCCAAAGCUGCAAAAGUUUUCCUUGUUAGAAAUUCCUGAGCUUGUUUUCCAGGCAAGCUGGGAUUUAGAUGUUCUUUGUUUCUUGGAUUUGCUGGUUUUCCUCUCUCUCAUUUUAGUAAAGGAUUUUUUUUUUUCAUAUUUUCCAUGCUGAUUGGAAUUUUUGUACUGCUCAGGGCACAUUGCCAAGGAGAUGUACCAAUUUCAUGUUGGUAAAUCAGGCAUUGUUCAGCACCAUAUGCCCACAAGUCUGUAAAUUCCCAGGGAAACUUGCUAAGUGUUGAAUUGCCAUAAUGAAUCUCUUUGUAAAGUUGAUUAUACUUUUUUCUUUAUUUUUAAUUACUUUGAAUUUUUUAUGUAGGGGGUUUUUUUAAUAAGUGAGGUCUUUUUGUAUUUUUAAAUUUUUUCUUUCAAAAAUUUUCUAUUUUAAUUUUUCCUUUGUAAUUUUUCCUUUGUAAUUUUCCUAUUUUAUUUUUUCCUUUUUAUUUUUUUCCAUUUUAUUUUUUUCUUUUUAUUUUUUCCUUUUUAUUUUUUUCCUUUUUAUUUUUUCCUCUUUUUUUUCUCUCUAACUUUUUCCUUUUUAUUUUUUCCUUUUUAUUUUUUCCUUUUUAAUUUUUUCCUUUUUAAUUUUUUCCUUUUUAAUUUUUUCCUUUUUAAUUUUUUCCUUUUUAAUUUUUUCCUUUUUAAUUUUUUCCUUUUUAAUUUUUUCCUUUUUAUUUUUUUCCUUUUAAUUUUUGCUUUUUAUUUUCUUUCUUUCUAAUUUUUCCUUUUUAACUUUUUAAUUUUAUUUUUUUCUGUGUUUUACUUGAAAUUUUAUUUGAAAACUUUUUUUUUUCUUCAUGUUUUCUUUGUGUUGGUGUGUUUUGUUUUGUUUUGUUUUUUUUCCUCUCUCUCUACUCUUUUAUCUACUUUUUUAUAGCCCAAGUAUGUGGAAGUUUGGCUGGUGGGAACAGAGGAGGUGACAAAUGAAAUCCAUGUCCACUCCACGUCCGGAUAGAAUUGAGAGUGCAGCUAGAGAAAUCUCUGUAUUUUCUGCUAAAUUAGAAAUCCUGAACAGAGAAAGCUCUAAAGACCAAGGGGCCUUCUUUUUUCUUUUCCUUUUUCCCCCAAACAAUUCUCAUUGUAGCCAUUUACAGGAUCAGGAACAUUACCUUGAAGUCGAGGUGUAUUUCACAGGUAGCGAGAAAACAAAGUAGACUUGAUCUUGUAACUCUCAUUGUUUAGUAACAAAGAAAUCCAAAACAAACAACAUUAAAAAAAAAAAUAAAAAAAUCCACCAACCCCACAAAAGAACAGAGAAAGAGAAAUUAUACCAAUAUUAUUUUAAUUUAAAACCACUUUCCCCCUUAGAAAACCAGGCUAAUGUAAUUCUGCUUAAUUGGGGUGCUGUCGUGUUUAGGUUACUGAAUUAAUAGAGUUUAAAACAUACAGCAAUAGACACGAAUUUUAAAAACUAAGUACAAAAAUAUGAAUAUAUAUAAUAAAAACAGAAAUAUAAAUAUGAAAAAUAAUAUCGUAAGUAAAUACAAUCUAUAAUAUUUCUCAUUACUUAUAUUAUAUACAGUAGUUUAUAUAUUAUAUCCAUAGAUAUGACUAGAAAAAAGACAUGGUAAUGAUCAAUAUUAAAAUAAUAAAUGUAAAGAAAUAAUGGAAUAGAGCUUAAAACAGAGGGGGUUUUUUGGUUUGAAUUUGCUUGGUGGCAGGGAUUCUCUUUUAAGCGGUGGCCGGGUGUCUUUCGGGGCGUUUCUUUUAGGGGGUUUCUGUGCACGUUCUCUUCGGGGGUCCCUGUCUGCGUGUCCCCGACGCGCGGGGAGCCCCGGGCCGGGCCGCCGUGCUGCCGCCUUGUGGACAGAGCGUGGUACUGCAGCUCCCCGCCGAGCCCGUCCCAGUGCUGCCGCCUUGUGGACACAGCGCGGUACUGCAGAUGUUCAUCCCAGGGGAGCUGCUGGCUUGGCUAGAAUUGGUUUCCCAGUAAAACUGGGGGUUGUCUAGAAAACCUGAAUUUGUGGGAGGCACUGGGUUUGUU